CCAAAUACAGGUUCACUAGAAUCAUUAAUAAUUUUAGGCAUAAAUGAGUGGUAUCAAUAUAUUCCUCAAAGAACUGUGAAACGUAGAAAUACAUAUCGAAUCUUUUUAAACAAAUACAUAUUAAGAUUUUAACUAGCUCAUAAGAGAUGGUAAACGAAGUGUCAAUAAAUGUUUUAACUUUGAAUUGCUGGGGAAUUCCAUAUGUUGCAAAAGAUAGAAAAGCUCGCAUGGCAGCAAUUGCAGAAAAAUUUGCUACAGAAAAUUAUGAUGUUAUUUGUUUACAAGAGGUGUGGUCCAGUGAUGAUUUUAAAAUGAUGAAGGCUAAAACUCAAGAACGACUCCCGUAUUCACAUUAUUUUCAUAGUGGAGUUGCUGGAUCAGGUAUUUGUAUCUUAUCUCGAUAUCCUAUUGAAGAUAUAAUAUUUCAUAAAUGGCCACUAAAUGGAUAUGUACACAAAAUACAUCAUGGAGAUUGGUUUGGUGGAAAAGGAGUUGGUCUUUGCAAACUUAAAAUUCAUAACUUAAAUAUUCACUUUUAUAUUGCACAUUUACAUGCAGAAUAUAGCAGAUCCAAUGAUGAAUAUAAAGCACAUAGAGUUUUACAAGCUUUUGAUACUGCCCAGUUUAUUAGGUUGACUUCUGGUAGCGCUGAUUCUGUAAUAUUGGGAGGUGAUCUCAAUGCAGAAUCUCAAGAUUUAGCUUAUAAAAUUAUGUGUGGCAUUGCUGGUUUAACAGAUGCUUGCUCAAACAGUUCUAGUCAUUUAGGGACCAAUGAAUGUGCCAAUAAUAGCUACACUAGUUCAAAACUUGCAAGAGUUUUUCCUGAAGGAAAGCGUAUAGAUCACAUUUUAUUCUCAGGUUCAAAAAAUAUUAAAAUAGAGGUAACAGAUUUUCAACAUCCUUUUCCAAAAAGAAUACCUCACAAAGAUUUUAGUUAUUCUGAUCACGAGGCUAUUAUGGCAAGUUUUAAAUUUACCUCUGGAAGCAAGUCUCAGUGUACAAAUAUAGAUAUUAAAGAUUCAUUGAAAGAGGCUAUAAAAAUAUGUGAAAGAUCACUAAAAAAUGUUCAGCGGCAACGAUAUUGGUAUUUAUUAUUAGGUUUUAUAUUAAUUGUACCACUUAUUUGGUCUAUGGGAUUGGAUUGUUCUAUUGCAUCUUAUGGUGCAGUCAUUGGAAUUAAUAUAGGUCGUCUUUUUUUAACUGCAGUAUUGUGUUAUACUUUAUUUAUGAGUUCUAUAUGGAAUAUUAUAGAAAAGAAUGCUUUAAAAGCAGCAUGUCUAGGAAUGGAAAUUUAUUUAACAAAUUUAAAUAAUAAUUUAUAUAAACAGUGAAAUUAUAUAAAUUAUACAAUUACAUAACUGAAAAUGAUGAUUUUCUUUUUUAACUGUUUGGUUAAAAAUAUCGGAUAUCAUCAUAUUUAAUAAGUAAAUCUUAGCAUUUAUAUAAUAUAUAUAUUAUAUAUAUAUAUAUACGCAUUAAUGUUU